CUGCGCAUGCUCACUGACACAGCCGCCUGGAGCGGAGGUUUUGAACGGCACAGGACUGUGUCCCGAGUCCCCAGACCCGAGACCCGACUGCAACCGGCGCUAAAUGGCUUUCUGCGCUUUCUUCGGCGGGGAGGUUUACAAGGAGCACUUUAAACCAGGUAUAUACGUCUGUUCAAAGUGUGGGCAUGAAUUGUUUUCAAGCCAAGCCAAAUAUGAGCAUUCCUCGCCAUGGCCUGCUUUUACCGAAACCAUUCAUCCAGACAGCGUGUCCAAAAGAAAGGAUGGCCAUAAUGCGCUUAAGGUUUCUUGUGGAAAGUGUGGGAAUGGUCUUGGUCAUGAAUUCCUUAAUGACGGACCCAAACGGGGCCAGUCACGUUUCUGAAUAUUCAGCAGCUCGUUGAAAUUUGUCCCUGAGAGUCAACGGAGCUCUUCUGGUUAGAUGAAACGAGCAUGGUACUGGCUAUUUAAUCAGCUGGAAGAAGCAGUUUGUCUAAAAAUGUCACGCAAUCAAGCAUACUGUUUCUUUUGGAAAGCAGCAGCAACGACCUCUGUACACCAGUAUUUUUUGUUGGUUAAUCAUUACAUGAAGUUUUCUGGAUAAACUUUCUUGAAUGUCCUGAAAAUAGAUACUUGCAUGAUUAUCCUGUCAAAAAUACGUGCUGUUUUAGAAUGGUUUUUAAAGCUUGCAUUUAAAUCCCUUUUGAUAAGACUGAUUGAAACAAAUAUGGAUUAGAACUUGGGAACACUUGGAAUUUGGAACUUAUUUGAAAUACGUGUUUACCUCUGGUGUUUGCACUAGAAAACAGUCUUAAUAGUUUGUUCAAAUAUGUUUUGUAUCACACAGCACAUCUUCAAGUAUAUCAAGAAAAUGCAACACUUUGGUUUGAUUUUCACUUAAAGCAAUCUUCUUCCAAUUUUAAGUAAAUUAUAGAUGUGUGAUAUUGAAUUUUGCUGAACAUACCAAAACAAUAUUGUUUUAGCAUUACAGUCAUAGAUAGUACUUUAUAUAGUUAGUGUCUGUGAAUAUUGUUAGACAUGUACCUAUAGAACAGAAGGAAAUGUGGGUGAUUCUCAGUAUUUGACAGGGAAUCAUAGUCCCGUUUAAACCUAGAUAUAGUGAUCAAGUUUGAGUUCAUUUCUCACAAGAAAGAAAAUAAAUAUAAGAGGGAGGAUCAUUUGAUUAGGCCAUAAUUGAUCACAUUUGCAACCUAAUCUCAAACAGCUAUCAGUCUGCUCACAAUUGGUACUGAUUAUUGUACUCUGACAUCAAUGUUUAAAAAAAUGGGCAUUUGGAAAUAGAUUUGAAUUUGAGGAAGCGAUUGAUAAAAGUUGAGGCUCUCCUUUCACACACUACACUCUUGGACUAAUUGUUUCUGGUUAUACUUUAAUAGCAAAAUGUAUGACAUAAUCUAAAAGAAUAAAAUUAUUUUGAAUCUU